CAUGCUUUCUCAGUCUGCAACGGGCUCACCAACGGAGCAAGAACGAUCAUCGUCUCUAGCCGGUUACUCUUGCUAACAAUCGUGCUUUCGUUCGGUUCGUUCGCCAACCGUAGCUCCUAGUGCUCGCAUUUAGGAUAAAACGCGAGGCGAAGAAUUUUCUUCUAUCUCGAAGUGACCAUGACGAAAACAAAAGUGGAAAUGAGGGUGGAGGAGGAGGAGGAGAUACUCGACAGAAUAGCCCUGUCGUUCAAAGGACAACAUAUUUUAAUCACUGGUGGAACUGGUUUCAUGGGAAAAGUGAUGGUAGAGAAGUUUCUUCGAUGCCUGCCAGAUAUUGAACAGAUCUACAUGCUCGUCAGACCGAAGAAGGGGAAAGACCCUAAACAUCGUCUGGAGGAAAUGUUCAACACGCCACUUUUUGAGAAAGUUAAGAAACAGAGAGGAUUGGCAACGCUUCAGAAGGCGGUGACAGUCAUAAACGGAGAUGUAUCGUUGCCAGGUCUUGGUCUUUCGCCGGAAGACAGAAAGAUGCUUUGUGAGAAAAUCACCAUCGUAUAUCACGCUGCUGCCACUGUUCGAUUCGAUGAACUGUUGAAGCGAGCAGUUUUGUUGAACACACGUGGUACAAAACUAAUGUUGGACCUGGCUAAAGAGAUGAAGCAAUUGAAACUGUUUUCCUACAUCAGCACUGCAUACUGCCACCUUGAAGAAAAAGUCUUGAGAGAAGUAGCAUAUCCUCCACCAGCUGAUCCUCACAAAAUCAUCAAAUGUGUGGAAUGGAUGGAUGAUAAUGUUGUUGAAGCUAUGACAGAUAAGAUUUUAGGGGAUUAUCCUAAUACAUACGCCUUCACCAAAGCUUUAGCUGAAGGUCUUGUCGAAGAAGCGAUGCCACACAUUCCAGUACUCCUACUGAGACCGAGCGUAGUUAUACCUAUCUGGAAAGAACCUGUUCCUGGGUGGACUGACAACAUCAAUGGACCAACAGGACUUUUAAUCGGUGCUGGAAAAGGUGUCAUUCGAACAAUGUAUUGUGAUGAAAAUGGUUACGCUGACUAUGUACCUGUCGAUAUCGCUAUUAAUGCUAUUCUGGCCACUACUUGGAACUUUAUUUACCUGAAGAAUCAAGAGAAGAGAGUUUACAAUCUUACGAGUAGCAAUGAAUUCAAGGUUUCGUGGGCAGAAAUUAUCGCACGUGGUCGAAAAAUAACAGAGAAGGUACCCCUAAAUGGUAUUGUUUGGUAUCCAGGUGGUAGUAUGAAGAAGUCACGACUCAUGCACAAUAUAUGCGUUAUACUUUUCCACAUGAUACCAGCCUACUUCAUAGACGCGCUUAUUUUCCUUGCAGGCUACAAACCGAUCAUGUGUCGCGUACAACGCCGGAUACGAAAAGGUUUUGAGGUCUUCGAGUAUUACGCUAACAACCAAUGGGACUUUGAAAACUCGAAUGUAUACAAAAUAAGAGAUCAAUUUAAUUCAUUGGAGUACGAAAAGUAUCAAUUACAUGGGGAAGAUAUGGAUAUAGACGCAUACUUUGAGACGUGUAUACGAGCUGCAAGAAUAUUUAUUCUAAACGAAGGUCCAGAAACAUUGCCAGCUGCUCGAAGACAUUUAAGAGUUAUGUACUGGGUUGAUGUAUUUACGAAAAUAUUUCUCUUCGUAUUAUUGAUCUACAUAUUGGCAUCUUGGAGUGAAGGUUUCAGAUCACUGUUGAUAAGGUGUUGGUCGUUCGCUACUCGAGCGCUGUAGCGCGAACUACUCAUUACUUAGUAUUAGUUUGUAACACCUUUAGCACCUUUAUAUUGUAAUAGGACCAAAUAAAAUACGAAUUCUCUUUUUAGCAUCUGCUAACGUGUUUGUAUUAAUUGAGUGUUAUCGAUGAAUUGUGUUGUAUCAUAUGAAAAUGAUGUUUUGAGUAAUAAAUAUUUUUAAUUAUA